UUUUCCCGGGAAAACGCUUUCUCUCUCAUCGCCACGAAACGCCACGCAAACAAACACACUCUCUAUCUCUCUCUCGCUCUCUCUCGCUCUCCUCAUGCUCUCCAUCUCCUCCUCAUGGACUCCAUCACCUCCUCCGCGCUCGAGGAGAUCUGCUCCACCGGCACCGCCGGCCUCUCCCUCCCCAGCCUCUGGUCCAAACUCGCCCCGACCGUCUCCUCCAGCGGCCUCGACCUCUCUCCGGGAGUCAAGAGCUCCAUCUGGGGCGGUCUACUGAAAAACCCUAACCUCGAGUUCCGCGGUCGGGGCCGCGCGCUCGGCCCGGCCGACGGGACGAUCCAGCGGUUUGAGGAUGCGGAGAAGGUGGAUUUGAAGGUCGUCGCCAACGAGAGCUUGCGAGACGUCUUCGUCGGGCUCUACGACGCUCAGUUCGCCACGGCGAACAUCAAAAGCAAUCAGCGCCGGGUUCUCGAGCGGUUGGCCCUCGGGAGGAUGAAGGGAGUGACUCAGAGUCAACUUUCUAAGGAAUUCGGCAUGGGCGGGAAGUACAUGUUCUAUAUACUAAAAAGUCUCGAGUCUCGAGGCUUAAUUAUGAAGCAUUCGGCUCUCGUACGAACUAAUGAACCUGGUGCUGAGGGAGAGUCUAUAAACAGUUCAAGUGUGACGACUAAUGUGUUGUACUUGUAUAGAUACGCAAAGCAAUUAGGCCUGCAGCAGAAGUUUGAAAUUACCAAGGAUGAAGAGCAGACUUACGAGGGUUUUGAGGAUUCUAGUGAAACUUUCGUGAGUGAAGAAUGUUUUCCUGGAGAUUAUGCUAAAGAAAAUGUGGUUGUGAAGGAUUAUCAACCUAUAAUGAAAGCUAUAUGUGACAAACUUGAAGCCACUGAAGACAAGGUUCUUGUCGUCUCAGAUGUCAAGCAACAUCUUGGUUAUCAUGGAGCACCGUCGGCCCAUAGGGCUUGGAGAAAUAUUUGUCGGCGACUGAAGGAUGCCCAUUUAGUGGAGGAAUUUGAGGCAAAAGUGAAUGGGAAGGUUCAAAAAUGCUUACGGUUGCUGAAAAAUUUCCCUCGAGAAAGUAUUGAGCCUCAACCCCUUGGAAGUGGAAAGAGUGAUCAGGGUGAAGAGUUUCUGAACUUUGGGAGGAGAUCUCUUGUUACUGAGCAAACUGCUGAGCUUCCUAUUGAGCAUCAAGUUUUUGACAUGAUUGAUGCUGAAGGACCUAAUGGGCUAGCGAUGAAGGAGGCAUGCAAGAGGCUUGGUAUUGGUAAUAAACAGAACCACAGUCGGCUUCUUAACAUGUUCUCUAGAUUUGGGAUACAUCUCGAGGCUCAAAAUAGUAAGAAAGGUUUUGUUUAUCGAGCCUGGACCCCAGAGAACUUCAAUAAGGUUUCAGCUGAUGCAUUUGCAUUCAAGGAAAAAAGUGUUGAUAGUGGCAGUGGAAAUUCAAAGCUAGACCCGGUGGACAAAGUAGCUCCAUAUUUACCAGAGAAUUUUACCUCAUCUUCUGAAGACCCCUUUGUUCAGCUGAAUAGCACAGAAAUUUUAUCAGAGCUUUCUUGUGGAAAUAAAGGAGAUAUAGAGGCUGACAAUGUGCUUGCCUCAGUGGUUGAGCCCAAAGGAUUACUCCAUCAGCCUGAAGUUUCUGGUCCAAAUUCAGAAGUUGACUUUGUGGCUUUGCCAAAUGAAAAAAGCAUCGUCCCUUCUGAGGCAAGUCCUCCUUCUUUGAGAUCUUGUAAAUCAGAGUCACAUCAGAGGUAUCCAUGUUUAUCCUUGACUGCCGAUGGUGCUAGGAGGGAGCAGAGGAUAUUGGAAAAAGUGCAGAGGGAAAAGUUUAUCUUGAGAGGUGAACUUUAUAGGUGGCUUGUGAGUUUCGAGAAGGACAAAUGCACAACAAUGGACAGGAAGACUAUAGAUCGCAUAGUAAACAAGUUACAGAAGCAAGGGCAGUGCAAAUGUGCUUAUUUGAAGGUCCCAACUGUCACAAACUGUAGGCGUACCCGCAGCAUUCAGGUGGUUCUUCAUCCAUCUAUCCAAAAUUUAUCUCCUGAACUGAUCAGUGAAAUUCAUGACAGAAUGAGGUCCUUUGAGAUGCUAACUCGUGGCCAUGGCUCAUCCAAUCAGAAGAACACUCAAUCUGUUCCUGUGCUUGACAGUGUUGAAAGGAUUCAGAGUCGUAUGUAUCCUGAUGCGACUGCUACCAAAUCAGAAGCAAUGCGUGCUAAUGGAUUUGUGUUGGCAAAGAUGGUCCGCGCGAAGCUUUUGCAUUGCUUUCUUUGGGAUUAUUUGCACGCUGCUCCUGAUUGUGGUCAUGAUUUUCUGCCUACGUCAACAAGUGAUGCUAACAAUCCUCAUAGCAGCUGUAGACUGUUUUCUUUAGAGGAGGCUAUUAAAGCUAUUCCACUGGAGUUAUUCUUACAGGUUGCAGGUUCCACUCAGAAGUUUGAUGACAUGAUUAACAAGUGUAAAAGAGGCUUUUGUCUCACAGAUCUUCCUCCCGAGGAAUACAGGGUCUUAAUGGAUACUCAGGCGACAGGGAGACUAUCCGUGAUCAUCGAUAUUUUACAGAGGUUGAAGUUGAUCAGACUGGUGAAUAAUGGGCAUAGGGAGGAUGGAGUCAAGGUUCCACAUGCAGUUUUAACACAUGCGAUGGAACUUAAACCUUACAUUGAGGAGCCACUGUCAAGUGUUGCAAAGUCAAUGAGUCUUGUAUCUCUUGAUCUCCGCCCUCGAAUAAGACAUGAUUUCUUUUUAUCAAACAGGGGUGCUGUUGACGAGUACUGGCAAACUCUAGAAUAUUGUUAUGCUGCUACAGAUCCAAGGGCAGCUAUUCACGCAUUUCCUGGAUCUUCUGUUCAUGAAGUCUUCUUUUUCCGUUCAUGGGCCUCCGUUCGGGUUAUGACGGCUGAGCAACGUGCUGAACUUCGCAAGCGCAUUAUGACGGAUGCCAAUGAGAAACUUCCAUACCAUGAAUGUGAGAAGAUCGCAAAGGAUCUCAAUCUUACCUUAGAACAGGUGCUUCGAGUUUAUUAUGAUAGGCGCCAAAAGCGUCUUAAUACAUUUCAUGGCGUUCAAAAUGUUUCCCGCAAACGAAAGAGAUCUUCGGAAGAGGUGCUGUCAGAGCAUGAUGGAAUUGGUGUAGUGACCGAACUUGGCCAUGGUAACAAUGAUCUACUAUCCGACAGUGCUGAGCAGUUUAUUGAAGAGCAGGUUAAAUUCUUACCUUCAUUAGACAAGCCCGAAUCUCAAUGUCAAGAUGCUGAACUCGAUAAUUGCUUGGAAGAGCCUGGACCAAACGAAGGAGACGAAGGGUGCUCGUCUAGAACUGGCCGGCAUGAGCCUACAGGGACGAGAACAGCACGGCAAAGAAGGUCCUUGUGGUCAGAUGAAGCAGAUAGGCAAUUGGUCAUCCUAUAUGCAAGAAACCGAGCAUUUGUUGGGGCAAAGUUUCACAGGACGGAUUGGGCUUCUCUUCCUGACCUUCCUGCACCGCCAAGUGCCUGUGGCAAAAGAAUGGCAUCUCUCAACAAAAGUGAUGCUUUUAGGAAAUCUUUAAUGAGGCUUUGUAACUUGCUUGGUGAACGAUAUACCAAGGAGCUGCAGAAGAAUCAAGAAAAGCAAUUCAAUUGUGGUGAUGAUGGACAACUUGUGCGAGGUACAGCUGAGCAUGGUUGCAGUGCUGGUUUCUCUACCAUAUCUCAAAUCACUGAGCAUGAUGCUUUUGAGGAAGAUCGAUGGGAUGACUUUAGUGUUGAACCCAUCAAGACAGUGCUUGAGGAGGUUCUCCAGUGCAAGAGGAUGAAUAAGUUGGAGGUCUCUAAAAGAGUUGGAUCUAGCACUAAGGAAUGGUCUAAUCUAAAUAUUGGUGCCCAGCAUGAUUCCCAAGUUUUGGGAUAUGUUUCUUCUGCUAAUACCCGCAAGGAUAUCCAGGAGAAUACUGGUGGCCAGACUAAGGGUUCUCUCCGUAGAUCUAAGUCCAGCUGCCGUCGUCUUCAACGGAAAUUUAUCAGGCUUUGGAAUGAUGGAGGGCAUGUCAGUGGACAUAUCUGUGAAUCAUUGGCUGUUUCGAAUGCCGUAGAGCUGUUCAAGCUUGUCUUUUUGAACUCCUCAACAGCAUCCGAAGUGCCAAGUCUCUUGGCAGAAUCUCUACGGCGAUAUUCCCAACAUGAUCUUUUUUCAGCCUUUAGUUAUCUCAGAGAGAAAAAAAUUCUGAUUGGGGGUAGUGGAAGUCAACCAUUCACACUUUCUCAGAAUUUUUUGCAUGACAUUUCAAAGUCUAUGUUUCCAUCCAACACUGGAAAGAGGGUUGCUAAAUUUUCAAAGUGGCUUGAUGAAAGGGAAAACGAUCUUGAUAACGAAAAGGUUGUUCCUACGGAUGUUUUGCAAUGUGGGGAUACUAUCUACCUGUUUGCUUUAGUAUCUUCAGGUGAAUUUUCUCUCUUUCCCUCUAUGCCAGAGGAAGGUGUUGGAGAAGCUGAAGAGUCGAGAAAUUUGAAACGUAGAGCUGAUGAUAAUGAAUCUUAUGGUGGAAGUAAAUAUAAGAAACUGAAGUCUACAUCAGAAUGUGAGGUUGUUUCCCGCAGGGAAAAAGGGUUUCCUGGUAUUAUUGUGUCUAUACAACGCGCUACAAUGUCAAAGGCUAGCUCUCUGGAGCUGUUCAAGGAUGCAGAACUUCGUGCUGGGCACCUGAGUAUCCAAAGUAAUGAUGCUCCAUGCUCUAUGUUGCUUCAGACAGAGAGCAAUUCAUCUGGUUCUGAUUGUGCAAAGAAAAUAGUCACUUCGGCCAACACUACCAGCAUUUCAGGGCUUUCUAAUGGAUCAAUCUGGGAUUCUAUGACAAGAUAUGCAAACGAAGUUAAUUUUUCCCAUACUGCUCUCGAGCAGGGAAGUGUCGUUAAUCCUAAUGUCUUCAGAGUUAUGUAUAGUGCAAUUCAAAGAGCUGGUGAUCAAGGACUGAGCAUGCGAGAAAUUUCAGAUGUUGUAGACAUGCCUGGGCUAAAUAUGCCGGAACUUCUUGUUGAAGUGCUGCAGUUGUUUGGCUUGGCAUUAAAGGUCAAUUCUUUUGACUCUGUCCGUGUUGUUAACUCUCUGUUUCGUUCCAAAUAUUUUUUGACGUCAAUUGCUGGUUCCGGUCGAGACCUAAAAGAACUAUCGUCAACGGAGUCAUUGAUGAAGAUCGGAGAAGAUCACCUCAUUUGUCAUCCCAGGAAUGAUGAUCUGGGUGGUGCUAAUUCCGAGAGAGAAACAAUCACCAAUGUUGAUCAAAUGCAUAAAGUUACCAUCCUUAAUCUUCCUGAAGAAAUUGACGUAUCUGCAGAUGAGGUUCAACAUAGUAAUGCAUUUGAAGGGCCUAUGGAAGGAGAAGUCAAUCUGUCAAGAGGCACUCUUGAGAUUGAAUGCUCCAACUUUUCGUCUGGCAGGUUAUGUAUGCCCAUUUUGCCUUGGAUUAAUGGAGAUGGAACUGUCAACAGGCUUGUGUACAGGGCACUCAUACGCCGCGUCCUUGGUAUUGUGAUGUUAAAUCCUGGGAUAUUGGAGGAUGAGAUAAUUGGCCGAUUGGAUGUUCUAAACCCUCAGAGCUGUAGAAAAUUGUUAGAGCUGAUGGUUCUGGAUAAACACCUCAAUGUCAGGAAGAUGCAUCAAACUCAAGGCUCUGAGCCUCCUCAUGUAAUGAAGUCUCUUCUUGGUGGCCAUUUCAGAGAAUCGAAGUUCAUCUGCCGUGAGCAUUUCUUUGCUAAUCCAAUGAGCGCGUCACUAUUAUAAUGAUGUUGUACUCUGUUGUAUCCAUGUAGCUGCAUCUGCUAAAGAGAAAAGGAACAAGAUUUAACUGUGGACUCCAUGCAAAUGCCUUGCGAGUGUUUACCAUCUUAUUUCCUUCUCUUUUUGACUUAUGUAGAUCUUGCACGUGUGUGUAGCAGUGUAGCUAUGUAUACUAACGUUCUCUAUCUCCGGCAGAGAAACCUUAGUUUUGCUAAGCUGUCUAUCGUGAUGAUGGCUUUCAAGCAUGUUAUAUCUAUUUGUUAAGAUUGAUGUCGA